GCACACGGUAAAUUUGCCGCACACGGUCGCGUUUAGUUAGUUGAUCGGAAUCGAGAAUCGAGUGCAAACUCGACAUACAAAACGCAAGCGCAGACGCCGGCUGUGACGUUCGCUCAUUGGACGUUAACGAAGAUAAGUGUCGCUACACGCUGUCCCUAGCCUCAGUCGCUGACCACCCAGCCGCUCAACACUACAUACGGGACUCAACACCUACUUGAAACAUGGAGAUCAAAUCAGUUUUGGUGGUCGACGGCGUCGGUGCAAACUGCACGGAGAUUCUUAACUCUCACGGAAUCACCGUCGUCAAUAAAGCGAAAAUCACCAAGGAGGAGCUCCUUCAAGAAAUCCCGAAAUACGACGCGUUAGUGGUCAGAUCUGCAUCACAAGUCACCAAGGAAGUUCUAGAAGCAGGCAAGAACCUGAAGGUUGUUGGUCGAGCUGGAGCAGGAGUGGACAACAUCGACGUCGCCACCGCUGGACAGCGAGGAAUCGGUGUUAUCAACGCUCCCGGAGCCAACGCCCUAAGUGCUUGCGAGCUGACUUGCAGUCUGAUCCUAAACCUGUCAAGACAUGUAGUGCCGGCUGCUGCCGCCCUGCGCGCUGGUCGCUGGGACCGCGCGCUCUACACCGGCACUGAACUCAACGGCAAGACUCUCGCCAUCCUCGGCCUCGGCAGAGUUGGCAGGGAGGUUGCCAUCCGCAUGCACUCGUUCGGCAUGAAGAUUAUAGGUUACGACCCGUUCGUGACGGCAGAACAGUGCGCCUCUUUCCACGCCACUAAGAUGGAACUGGACCAGAUCUGGCCGCUUGCCGAUUACAUCACCCUGCACACACCUCUCAUUGAGUCGACAAGAAAUUUCAUCAAUGCGAAGGUACUCGGACAGUGCAAGAAAGGUAUCAAGAUCGUGAACGUCGGCCGUGGUGGUCUCAUUCAAGAACGUGACCUUCUUGAUGGGCUCAACUCCGGCCAUGUUGGAGGUGCCGCUCUGGACGUGUUUGAACAGGAGCCCCCCACUGAUCCCCUGACCUUGGAGAUCAUUCAGCACAAAGCCGUCAUUGCUACUCCUCACUUAGGAGCAUCUACGAAGGAGGCUCAAGUGCGUGUGGGUCAGGAGAUCGCUGAGCAGCUGGUAAACCUGGUCAAACCUGGCACCUACAACACACCACUGGCCGAAGUCACACGUGUCUUAAACAAGUAGACUAUGACUAACACAUACACAUGCAAUGUUUUUGUAAUAUUAGUUUGUUCUUUAUCAUUAAGUUUUGUGAAAAUAGCAAUUCGUCAUUUACUUUCACUUAUCUAUACCCAGCUUCUGAGACGUAGGUAUACAUUUGUACAACGAUAUUUUUUUAGCAUUAAGUCUUUUUUUUUAGUAUUAGGUACGUACAAGAUAUAUAGUUUCUGUGUCUUAGUUUAAGUAAUCUAGUGUCAAGCACCAUUUUAGGAUGACAGUCAACUAACAUUAUCCACGUAACAAUAAAUCAGUCAAUCAGGUUAAUACUUUACUUAGAUAUGUAAGAGUAAGACAAUAGAUUCCUCGAUCUUGUAACGGGUGAAAGAAUGGAACAUUUAAAGUUUGAUUUGUCCUUGACCAAAUUAUGCUUGGGGGAGUGUGGUUUGGGUGAAAAAAACGUGGGGAUGUGGCAAGGCGGGGCCAUAUUAUAAUAAUAAAGUAAAAUAUUUCGAGGGUACGAAUCAAGCAAAUCUUUAACUUCCCAUCUUCUCUCGAUUACAAGUUCGGGGGACGACAUCAUGAAAAUUCUCAUCUUCGUGUGGGGAAGAUGAGAAUAAACCUCAUGAAAAUAUAGUUGAGUAGGCCCCAAUGCAUGGAAUUGUGUUCAAUUCAAUCAAUCAUUGUUAGAUAUAAGAUAGAUAUAAGCUACUACCACAACAUAAGGCAUAUAUUCCUGGCGUCACUCGCGUCACGCACUGUUUUUUGUUUAUUAUUAGAUUUUAAGUUACAACUCAACAAUUUGUUAUAAUAUAAAACCCAUGGCGUGAAAAACACGAAACCUUAUUUAGUUGCUAUAAGAAAACUUAUGGUAAUUAAAAAAUAUAUUUUUUACCUUAGUUAUAUUAAUUUAUAUGUUAUUAAGUAUUAAGAGUCGGAUGUGUGGUUAUUUUGCUAGUGUCAUGUGCCAUACCAGAAAACUAUGGCCAACUGACAUUCAAUAUGUCAACAUUUCAAUUUCAGCAUAUAAGGAUGUAUGUAGGGGAGAUAUAAACUGUUCCUUACCUAUUUUUGAAUCAUUGGUCCUUUAAAUUAGAGUACACCUAUAGUUAUGUUUUUUUUUCUAUACAUAAAAUUAAUGUUUUUUUGUUAUUUGACUAGAAUUAAGGUUCUUCUUCUUAACUCCUUUGGAACGCGCACAUUAAAUACAUUACAAAAAAUUUAAAA